GGUUCAAGAUGGAGCGAUGCAGGUAGCGCGGUCAGGCGCCGCCGCAGCAUCAUCACUGCGACGAGCAGCAAUCCAGCGCCUUGGCGUGGAGGAUUUGACGGCGGCAGUGUCGCGGAUCAUCGCGGAUCAAGGCCACUGCGCGCCCAGUACUUACGGCUGCCUCCUCCAGGCAUGCGGUCGGCUGCGCGCCCUCAAGCAGGGCCAGCGCCUCCACGCUCACAUCCUCUCGCGGCGCAUCGACCUCCACAACCACAGCUUCCUCGCCAGCGAUCUCAUCGUCAUGCACGCCAAAUGUGGCAACCUCGCCGAGGCAGAGGCCCUGGCGGAUCGAUUCGCGAGCGUCUACUCGUGCACGGCCAUGAUCCGGGCGUGGAUGGAGCACGGCCGCCCCGACAAGGCCAUGGAGCUCUUCGAUCGGAUGGAAGUGAGGCCCAAUUGCCACGCACUCAUCGCGCUCGUCAACGCGUGUUCUUGCCUGGGCAAUCUGGCAGCGGGGCGGAGAAUCCAUUCGCAGAUCAGCGACCGCGACUUCGAGGAGAACUCCGUACUGGGCAAUGCGCUCAUCAGCAUGUAUAGCAAGUGUGGGAGCCUCAUCGACGCGAAACAGGCCUUCGAUCGGUUGCCAAGAGCUUCCAAGCGCGACGUCGUGACUUGGAAUGCCAUGAUCUCGGCGUUCCUCCGCAAUGGAUCCGCGCGAGAGGCGCUCCAGCUGUUCCGGGACAUGGACCGCGACGGAGCUCCGCCACCCAACAGCGUCACCUUUGUCAGCGUCCUGGAUUCGUGCGUGGAGGCGGGGCUCUUGUCGCUCGAGGACGUGAGGGCGAUCCACGGCAGGAUCGUGGGCGCUGGGAUCGAGAGGGAGGCCUUCGUUCGCACGGCGCUGGUGGACAGCUAUGGGAAACUUGGCAGCCUCGACGACGCGUGGGAAGUGUUCCUCCGGAAGGGCGACGAGGAGCCCAGCACCAGUCUGGUGACAUGCUCGGCCAUGAUCUCGGCGUGCUGGCAGAAUGGAUGGCCCCAGGAGUCACUCCGGCUCUUCUUCGCGAUGAACUUGGAAGGAACAAAGCCCAGUGGAGUGACGCUCGUCUCGGUGCUCAAUGCCUGCUCCAUGCUGCAGGUUGGGUCGGCCACCGCAUUCGUUCUCGAGCAGGCCAUGGAGGUCGUCUCGGCCACCAGGGACAACGUUCUCGGCACGACGCUGCUCACCACUUACGCUCGAUCCAACGACUUGCCGCGAGCAAGAGCCACGUUUGAUGCCAUCCAGAGUCCCGACGUCGUGUCGUGGAACGCCAUGGCUGCGGCCUAUCUCCAGCACCACCGUUCCCGAGAGGCGCUCGUUCUGUUCGAGCGAAUGCUGCUGGAAGGCGUGAGACCAAGUGUUGCAACCUUCAUCACUGCUCUCACUGCCUGUGCUGCCUAUCCUCCUCAAACCGCUAGCGCGAUUGGGAAGAGGAUUCAGUCGCUGCUGGAGGAGGCCGGGCUCGAGGGAGACACUGCAGUCGCCAACGCCACCCUCAACAUGUACGCCAAGUGUGGAAGCUUGGCUGAUGCUCGGGCCGUGUUUGAAAGGAUAUCUCCCGCUCGCCGGGACUGUAUCACCUGGAACUCGAUGCUGGCGGCCUACGGACACCACGGGCUUGGAAAGGAGGCGUUUGAGCUCUUCCAGGCGAUGGAGGCCGAGAAGCUGGUGAAACCAAACAAGGUGACUUUCGUUGCGGUUUUGGACGCGAGUACUAGCCGGACGAGCAUCGCCCAAGGCCGGGAGAUCCACGCCCGUGUCGUGAGCAACGGGUUUGAGUCGGACACCGUGAUCCAAAACGCGCUGCUCAACAUGUAUGCCAAGUGCGGAAGCUUGGACGACGCACAAGCCAUCUUUGACAAGUCGAGUAGCAACCAAGAGGACGUGAUCGCUUGGACGAGCCUGAUCGCCGGGUACGCGCAGUAUGGCCAGGCGGAGAGGGCUCUCAAGCUGUUUUGGACGAUGCAGCAGCAGGGCGUGAGGCCCAACCACGUAACUUUCAUCAGUGCUCUCACAGCUUGCAACCAUGGUGGGAAGCUCGAGCAAGGAUGCGAGCUCCUGUCCGGCAUGACACCCGACCACGGCAUCCUUCCCGCCUCCAAGCACUUCAGCUGCAUCGUCGAUCUGCUGGGACGGUGUGGGCGACUGGACGAGGCCGAGAAGCUGCUGGAAAGGACGUCCCAAGCCGACGUGAUCACCUGGAUGGCUCUUCUCGAUGCUUGCAAGAACAGCAAGGAGCUGGAGAGAGGAGAGCGCUGCGCGGAGCGGAUAAUGCAGCUCGACCCCGAGGUGGCGUCGAGUUACAUCGUUCUGGCGAGCAUGUAUGCUGCUGCGGGUCGGUGGAAUGAGGCCGCCACUAUCCGCAAGACAAUGCUGGACAAAGGAAUUCGAGCAGACCCCGGCUGCAGUGCUGUGGAGGUGAACCAGGAGCUGCAUUCUUUCUCGGCCGGAGAUAAGUCCCAUCCCAAGUCGGAGGAGAUCUACUUGGAACUGGAACGGCUUCACUGGAGUAUCAAGGCCGCUGGCUACGUCGCUGACACUGGGCUGGUGCUGCACGAUGUGAGCCAGGAGCACAAGGAGAGGCUGCUCAUGAGGCACAGUGAGAAGCUGGCGAUUGCAUUUGGACUGAUGAGCACCCCCAGUGGAUCACCCCUCAGAGUGAUCAAGAACCUCCGCGUCUGCAGCGACUGCCAUACAGCAACCAAGUUGAUAUCCAAGGUGACUGGACGUGACAUCCUGAUGAGAGACUCGAGUCGCUACCACCACUUCACCAGCGGAACCUGCUCGUGUGGUGAUUACUGGUGACGAAACAGACACAGAUUGGGCCGACUAGCG